AUGCUUCCGUACCCACGCCCUCGCCAGCUGCCAGCGUCACGAGGAUCCAAACUCGGCUAUUACCGUGCCUCAAUCGCUUGCGUAGGCUGCCGCAAAAGCAAGACGCGAUGUCUCCUCACGCCAAGAAGAGAGCAAGAUAGCUGCCUCAAUUGUCGGCGGAAGGGUCAGCCCUGCGCUUUUCUGACGGUGGACAAGAAGCCCCCAGAUUGGAUUUGGUCCAAGGGGAGGAGGAGGCAGACCAUCGAAUCAGAGUCAGCGUCCUCCUCGCAACUCUCUGUAUCGCGGUCCUUCACCGACCCGAGGAUGGUGCGGGACCGUGCUAGCGGUAGCAGCGCGGACACGCAAUCAAAUCAGCCGCGCGAGCAGUGUAACUUGGCCUGGGACGUGGAUGUGCCAGACUUCUCGUCCGAAACACGCUUACCUCCAAAUCUGGGGAGUCAUGUCGACCCCCAAGGGUGGGUCAACGGCAAUGCGGAAUCGUCCAUCUCCCCCGACCGCGUUGAAAAGACAGAUCUGGACCUCACAUUACCAUAUUAUUCUGGUCCGAGCCUGAGCCAGGGGUUUGAAUGGGGCAUCAACAUCACGCCACUGGAGUAUCCGUACUCAUGCGGCCAAUAUCAGCUCCAGACCGGUCAAAUUGAUCCGACUUUUGAUCCUGCUGCCUUGACCCCAUCGACUCCCUGUGGCAGUUACGGAUACUAUUCCCAGGUCUCCGAUACAAGCACAUAA